CCCUUUUCUCAAUUUCCUUAUUAUAUCCUCCUUCUUACACAUUCACAUUAUCAUCAUCUAUCUAUAUAAACAGGACACACCAUUAAUUCAUCACUACCACAAACUCAUCAUAUUGUUCUAUAUAUUCACAUUCAAUAACACUAUACAUGGCUAGUGGUGGUGGAGUUGACUUUGAGGACUUGCUUCCGAUGAUGGCGACCAAGCUAGGAGGCGAGGGACUCAUAAAAGAACUAUGCAACGGUUUUGAGUUGCUGAUGGACAAAGAGAAAGGUGUGAUCACGUUGGAGAGCUUAAGGAGUAAUGCUGCGGCGGUUCUUGGGAUUGAGGAUAUGAAGGAGGACGAGCUUGUGAGCAUGAUGAGGGAAGGUGACAUCGACGGCGACGGCUACCUUUCGCAGAUGGAGUUCUGUGUCUUGAUGUUCAGGUUGAGCCCUGAAUUGAUGGAAGAGUCUUGGUUUUUGAUUGAACAGGCAUUGCAAAAUCAUGAUGAUGAACUAGUUAGCAACAAUAACAAGAACAAGAGCAAUUCUUCUAUUUCAUGAUUAUUUUUAUUAAUUAGUACUAUAGGCCAGACAUAGUGCUUCAUUUGAUUUCGGAGUUCAUGGUAUUAAUUAUUUGUAAUUUGUAUCACAGUUGAAAUUGAGAAGAGUGGACACUUUUUUGGGAUA